AUGGCUCUAAACCUCAAUGACCCGAAUGGGCUUGUGAAUUUACACAACCUCGCUCAAGAGGUGGAAAAUAUUGCACCCGAUGAUAAGUCGGUUCCGAUUGUCCUUGUGCCCGGUUUCACAGGUUGGGGCGCCCCGUUGUUCGGUGCCAUCAACUACUUUGGCGGAGAAAUUGACAUCGCGACACUUUUGGCCAAUAGGGGAUAUACAGUGAUCAUCGCCUCAAUUGCUCCCAUAUCGACAAACUGGGAACGCGCUUGUGAGCUAUACCGGCAGCUUACUUUUGGGCAGUUCAACACAAUGGAUCUGACGACAAAUACGCUUGAAGAAGAAAACGAUGUAGAUGUUGAGUACGGUAAUUACUUCGGACCGAGCCGUGGCCCAGAGCGAACCAGCACCAUCAACAGAAGGCGCGCAAUCCUAUACUCCAACUCACCGGACUUUCAUAACUGGAAAUGGGACAGAGAUCAUAGGGUUCAUUUUGUCUGUCAUUCUCAAGGCGGUAAUACGGUGAGGUAUCUCAUCGACCUCAUGUCGGGUAACAACAAAAAUUUGCAUCCGAAAUACUUCAACGAGGCAGGGAGGGAUGACUGGGCCAUCUCAGUCACAACACUUGGGACCCCUCACCGAGGAACUACUAUUAUCGAUGUUCUCGGGAGUUUUGUUGAUCGACAAUUGAGCGCCGCAGUCGGGCUCAUUGCAAGACUCUUUGCCACAGCCUCCUUCUAUCCGCCAGAAAAGAGAGCCUUUGACCUUCAGCUUGACCAUUGGGGAAUCUGUAGAAACACUGGAGAAACAUUCCAGGGCAUGCUUGAACGUCUAGAAUCGCCCGAUGGCGCCGUGUGGAGGUGGCUCUAUUCCAAAGACAACGGGUUGUACGACAACAGUAUCAAAGGGGUCCAUGAACUCUCCCAGAAAACAAUCAACACUUCGCCAAACAUCUUCUACUUCAGCCUAUCGUUUCAUGCCACAAAACCGUUUCCCACAGAUUGGCCAGACUGGGGCAAGGUCGCAUUGAACGAGUUUCCCUUCAAGACGGGGAUCCCAAUCCCAUUCCUCAGGCAGCUGACGAACAUGGUGAUCAAUACGCUGUGGGCAUUUCUCCCAGCGAUAGUUGAUUUCCCUGCUUUCGUACAAUGGAUCACCAAGUCGGUGAUGACCAGGGUUCUCCGGAUACAGGGUUACACAGUAGUGCUCCCAAGCCCGGGAGAGUACAUUCCGCGAGAGGAUGUCAUACCAAUAAUGAUGCCAACUGUCUACGCAAUGGGCGGCCAGCAGCUUACGCAGGCGCAGAGGGAGAUGUUAGAUGCCGGCUUUGAAGACUGGCUUCAGAAUGACGGGAUCGUCAACACCGCAUCCAUGCCGGGUCCACGCGGGAGCGUCAGAAACGUCGGCUCCCUGCCUGACGUCGAUUUUAGCAGCCCCGGAAAGCGAGAUAUCUAUUGGCACCUGGGCGUCAAUGAUACCAUGGACCAUGCCGAUGAGAUUGGAAUUUUCAUUGAACGGGAUACGUCGGUUGCCAUGCAAAACAUGUACCUCAAUAUUGCGACCUUGCCAACUGAGAUUAGAUUCUAUGGCAGAAUGUCUAAGCAUGGUCAAGCAGAACAAAUUGAGUGGUGA